GGGAUAUAUACCUGCUAGCGAACCACGCUGCCUCGGUUGCAGCGUGCUCAGGACUCUCCCUACGCUCCGAGCGAAUCCCGCGCGCAGGCACUGCAUAUCGCUGCAUAUCGCCGAGUCGCCGCGGAAACGUAACGCUUCAGCUGCACGUGACUUCAGGGGUGGAUCGAGAUCUGCGGAUUAACCGGCGGUCGCCGAGCCAGAUGGAUCGGGGUGCCAUCCUUUCGGGGAAAACCAACAAACGCGCUACUUGUAUUGGGAGCGUUGACCCUGACCAACAUUGUAUAACUUCACUCGCAGCGGUCUCCUCUGCUCGCGCACAUAUAUUCCUUCUCACUUCAACGUCUGCUCUGUCAAAGCAUGCCUUCAAAUCUCCUUGAAGAUCUCCCUAUCGAACUAUUGCUCACCAUCAUCAGUAAUCUGCCGCUUCAGUCACUUCAUCGGUUCUGCAGAGUUUCCAAGUUUGCCAAUCACAUCAUCUCCAGCAAUGAGGCGCUUGUGUAUCGCCAGACUGCUCUGCUGCACCGGUAUGUAGACAGGGCCGACACCAUCGACCCACCGCGCACGGAUUCCAGGAAUCCUACGUACCCGCUCGUGAACACAACGUCAUGGAAACAAUACUGUCAGCUAUGCCUGGACUUGGAUCGCAACUGGGCCGGUCAAGGGGAAGUCAUUCCCAGGACCUACUGCACGAAGAAUGCAGACGUCCACCGCGUUAAAGUCGACGAAGACCGCGGCUUGCUAUUCACUUCUCACGAGACCGGCGGAAUUAUCGUCACUGACUUAGAGUCUGGGGAGAUACUGUGGACUUUACCUCAGAACUACGUGCGGACACACGCACACCUCGAAUAUGACAACGGCUUCCUCAUAUUCGAUCGCUUCGACAGCGACAAAGAAGUCUGGCGUCUGGCCACUGACUUCGAGCUCUGGCAAAUACCUGCCUCUGCAUACCCAGACAGCCCGCAGCGGAUCGCCUCCCUCUUCGCCGAAGCUCGCUACAGCACCAACAACCGGGGACACCUCAGUCCCUGGGCACUCUUGACCACCACCCAGCCCACGUUUGCGUAUCGGUUCGCCUACCCGACCCUGAUCGUCAUGUCUAUGGACACCGCCUACCUCUGGGAUAUCCCCACCUCGACACUCGUUCAGACCAUCCGCGACGCGGAGGAGCCGUUCACGCACAACGAUGGCGAUGGCGAUGAGCGCAGCACCAUCUCGUACGUCGACGUGAGCGCGCGGCACAUCUUCAUCUGCGGCUGGCACGAACUCCGCAUCUUCAACCGCUCUGACGGCACGCUCGCGCUGCGCAUCCCCUCGCAGCCGACCUUUGCCAAUACGCGCGUUCUGUUGUCCCACGAACGGCGGGACGCACCGACGGCCAUCGUCCCCUCAGGGCAGAAAUUCUCCCGCCUGCCCGGCCGAGCACACUCCCUCUUCCGUCCUUCGUCGCAGCACAUGCCUCACGGUGUGGCCGCCACCUCGUCGCGAUGCUCGCCGACAACCGACUGCUUCUCAUCGAGGAUUUGAGCGCGUCGUGCGCAGCCAGGUCUCCC